GGCUCGGCUUUGCCGCGCUCCGUGCACUUCUGCGAGAGCUGUAGCAGAGAGAGGAGCUCGGAGUCUAGCGCAGCCACCGCGAUGAGAGGCGCUCGCGGCGCCUGGGAUCUGCUCUGCGUCCUGUUGGUCCUGCUCCGUGGCCAGACAGGAACUUGCCAGCCAUCUGUGAGUCCAGGGGAGCUCUCUCCGCCGUCCAUCCAGCCAGCACAGGCAGAGUUAAUAGUCGAAGCUGGCGACACAAUCAGGCUGACAUGUGUUGAUCCUGCCUUCCUCAAAUGGACUUUCGAGACCGUCGUUGAUCGAAUGAGCGAGAAUCAACAGAAUGAAUGGAUUCAGGAAAAAGCUGAGGCCGCUCACACGGGCAAAUAUACCUGCAUCAACCGCAGUGGCCUCAGGAGCUCAAUUUACGUGUUUGUCAGAGAUCCUGCCAUCCUUUUCCUGGUUGGCCUGCCCUUGUAUGGCAGAGAAGACAACGACACAUUGGUCCGCUGCCCUCUGACAGACCCAGAGGUGUCCAAUUAUUCCCUCAGGGAGUGUGAUGGGAAAUCUCUUCCCAAAGACCUGACAUUUGUCCCAAACCCCAAGGCUGGCAUCACCAUCAAAAACGUAAAGCGCACCUACCACCGGCUCUGUCUCCGCUGUGCCGCCCUGCGAGAGGGCAGAUGGGUACUGUCUGACAAAUUCAUCCUGAAAGUGAGGGCAGCCAUCAAGGCUAUCCCAGCUGUGUCUGUGGCCAAAACAAGCCAUCUCCUUAGGGAAGGGGACAAGUUUGCCGUGACGUGCACCAUAAAAGACGUGUCUUCUUCCGUGGGCUCCAUGUGGAUAAAGCUGAACCCUCCUCAGCCUCAGACCAAGGCACAGGUAAAGCGCAAUAGCUGGCACCAGGGUGACUUCGAUUAUGAACGCCAGGAGACACUGACUAUCAGCUCAGCAAGAGUUAAUGAUUCUGGAGUGUUCAUGUGCUAUGCCAAUAAUACUUUUGGAUCAGCAAAUGUCACAACAACCUUGAAAGUAGUAGAUAAAGGAUUCAUUCGCAUUUUCCCCGUGAGGAACACCACGGUGUUCGUGAACGACGGAGAGAACGUAGACCUGGUUGUUGAGUACGAAGCCUACCCCAAGCCUGAGCGCCAGCAGUGGAUCUACAUGAACAGGACCGCCACUAACAAGGGCGGAGCGUAUCUCAAGCCCGACAACCAAAGCAGCAUCAGAUAUGUGAACGAACUUCAUCUGACCAGAUUAAAGGACACAGAAGGAGGCACUUACACCUUCCUGGUGUCCAACUCGGAUGUCAGCGCUUCCGUGACAUUUAAUGUUUUCGUGAACACAAAACCAGAAAUCCUGACAUCUGACAGGCUGGUGAAUGGCAUUCUCCAGUGUGUAGCAGCGGGAUUCCCGGAGCCCACAAUAGAUUGGUAUUUUUGUACGGGAACAGAGCAAAGGUGUACCGUUCCCGUCGCACCAGUAGACGUGCAGACCCAGAACGGGUCUGUGUCACCAUUUGGGAAACUGGUUGUUCAGAGUUCCAUAGACUCCAGUGUCUUCCGGCACAAUGGCACAGUGGAGUGUAAGGCCUACAAUGCUGUGGGCAAGAGUUCCGCCUUCUUUAACUUUGCAUUUAAAGGUAACAACAAAGAGCAAAUCCAGCCCCACACGCUGUUCACGCCGCUGCUCAUUGGCUUUGUGAUCACGGCCGCCAUAAUGGGCAUCAUCGUGUUGGUUCUCACCUACAAAUAUCUCCAGAAACCCAUGUAUGAAGUACAAUGGAAGGUCGUCGAGGAGAUAAAUGGGAACAAUUAUGUUUACAUAGACCCGACACAACUUCCUUAUGACCACAAAUGGGAGUUUCCCAGAAACAGGCUGAGUUUUGGGAAGACGCUGGGCGCUGGUGCCUUCGGGAAGGUGGUCGAGGCCACUGCUUAUGGCUUAAUUAAGUCGGAUGCUGCCAUGACGGUGGCGGUGAAGAUGCUUAAACCAAGUGCUCAUUUAACGGAAAGAGAGGCCCUCAUGUCAGAGCUGAAGGUCCUAAGCUACCUGGGCAACCACAUGAACAUUGUGAAUCUCCUUGGAGCGUGUACCGUGGGAGGGCCCACCCUGGUCAUUACAGAAUAUUGUUGCUAUGGUGAUCUUUUGAAUUUUUUGAGAAGAAAACGUGACUCAUUUAUUUUCUCAAAGCAAGAAGAUCAGGCAGAAGCGGGCCUCUAUAAGAACCUUCUGCAUUCAAAGGAGUCUUCCUGCGACAGUACCAACGAGUACAUGGACAUGAAGCCUGGGGUUUCCUAUGUUGUACCAACCAAGACAGACAAAAGGCGAUCUGCAAGAAUAGACUCAUAUAUAGAAAGAGAUGUGGCUCCCGCCAUCAUGGAAGAUGAUGAGCUGGCACUGGACCUGGAAGACUUGCUGAGCUUCUCCUACCAGGUGGCCAAGGGCAUGGCGUUCCUCGCCUCCAAGAAUUGUAUUCACAGAGACUUGGCAGCAAGGAAUAUCCUUCUCACUCACGGGCGCAUCACAAAGAUUUGUGAUUUCGGUCUGGCCAGAGACAUCAGGAAUGACUCAAAUUAUGUGGUGAAAGGAAACGCCCGGCUCCCCGUGAAGUGGAUGGCACCAGAAAGCAUUUUCAACUGCGUGUACACAUUUGAAAGUGAUGUCUGGUCCUAUGGAAUUUUCCUCUGGGAGCUAUUCUCGUUAGGAAGCAGCCCGUACCCAGGGAUGCCGGUCGAUUCCAAGUUUUACAAGAUGAUCAAGGAAGGUUUCCGGAUGCUCAGUCCAGAGCACGCACCCGCCGAAAUGUACGACGUGAUGAAGACUUGCUGGGAUGCUGAUCCCCUGAAAAGGCCGACCUUCAAGCAGGUUGUUCGGCUCAUUGAAAAGCAGAUCUCAGAUAGCACCAAGCACAUCUACUCCAACUUUGCAAACUGCAACCCCAACCCGGAGAACCCUGUGGUGGUGGACCACUCUGUGCGGGUCAAUUCCGUGGGCAGCAGCGCCUCUUCCACCCAGCCUCUGCUCGUGCACGAAGAUGCCUGAGCGGAAAUGCAGACCGACAGGCUUCCGCUGCUGUCUCGAACCCCGUUCCCUUGGCUUCUGUGACGUUCGUUUUGUUUUGCUGUGACUUGCAUCCUACUCCAGGGUGGCGGGUUCCUGCCCCUCCCCCAACCCCACUGUGAUCCUGCCUUUAUGAGCACACUUUAGUGGCUGAUG